CAGAGAGAUCCGCGCGUGACGAGACUUCCACACACACAAACACCAGGAUGAUUUCCGAUUAUGGAUUCAAUUUGUUAUUAUCAUCAUUUUGACCUACUUUCAUCCACACUUUUCAUCUCAUCACUGCUCGUGUUAGGUGGUGCAUCUCCUGACAAACUGCCUCAGUCUGUGGACCCCUGCUCUCCCAGUCCAUGCCAAAACAGAGCAAUAUGCAGGAGCCACAAGGACGGCUACUUGUGCUACUGUGUGCCAGGGUUCCAGGGAUCUCACUGUCAAAUCGAUGUGAAUGAAUGUGCCUCGCAGCCGUGCAGGAAUGGAGGCACCUGUGUGGACAGAGUGGGCAUGUUCUCCUGCCUGUGCUCUCCCGGGUUCACUGGAGCCACUUGUGAGGUCCAGAUUGAUGAGUGUCAAUCAGAGCCGUGCCUCGGCGAUGGCAGUUGCCAUGACUACCCCGGUGGCUUUACUUGCACCUGUGUGCCCGGUUUCCAAGGACACCGGUGUGAAAUCGACACCGACGACUGCCAAGCUCUGCCAUGUCAGAAUGAGGCUUUGUGUAUAGAUGGGGUGAAUGAAUACCACUGUGACUGCUCUCACACAGCCUUCACAGGCACACACUGUGAGACCCCGCGGCCGCCGUGCCAUUCUGAACCCUGCUUCAACAGCGCCAUCUGCAAGGACAAUCAGGGUAACUACACGUGUGAAUGCUGGCCAGGGUUUGAGGGCCGUCAGUGUGAGAUAGACACUGAUGAGUGCAGCAGCGGCCCUUGCAUGCACGGGGGCCGCUGCAUCGAGAGGUCGUGGCAGGCCCUGUACGGCAGUGAGCCUCUGCUGCCUGAACACUAUGACCACCAGCACGCUGCGGGCUAUAUCUGCAGCUGUCCUCCAGGAACGGCGGGUUCCCUCUGUCAGGAGGUGAUAGACCAGUGUGAUCCCAGUCCAUGUCAGAAUGGAGGCAGGUGUAAGAGCCUUGUUGGAAGCUACAGGUGCCACUGCCUCACACAGAGUCAUGAUGGCAUUCUCCACGGAGGUGUGAACUGUGACGUGAGGCUUGUUGGCUGUGAAGGACACGAAUGUGGGACCCAUGGCUCCUGCUCUCCUUUCCUGCUGGAUGGGACUCACGGCUACACCUGCUCCUGCACAGCCGGCUACACUGGACCUCUCUGCCAGACCCCCACCACUUUUUCUUUCGAGCGCAGGGGGUACCUGCUGCACCAGAGUCCGCAGGUGGACGCUGACGUGUCUUGGAACAUCACCCUGAGCUUCAUGACGGUUCUGCCCAGAGCUUUGUUGUUCCAGCGGAACAAUGGCGGUCUGCUGCUGAGUCUGAAGCUGCAGGGAGGGCGGCUCCGUCUCACACUGAGGAGGGAGGCUCCUGCUGGGGCUGAUGUAGAGAGCUCUAGUAGCCAGGUGCUGGAGCUCCCACACAAUGUCACAGAUGGAGAGUGGCAUUCUGUAGAGGCUGUGCUUGAAAAGUGGAUGCUCAGCCUGAAACGGUUAGAUGCUGGGAGCUGUGGGAGCCAGUCAUGCCACAGGGUGGCCUCAGUCCAGAGCAACCUGGCCAGAGAGGUGGUGCCUCCUCAGAACACUUUUAUUGGAGGAGUGCUUCAGGAAUCAAAUGGCCCCGAUGAACAUUAUCCAGUUCCAGCGUUUAUUGGCUGCAUGCGGGAUGUAUUUGUGGACUCGCAGCUCGUCGUCCCUGAAGAAUGGCUGAGCAACUCGGCUGUUAAUGUUUCUCCUGGCUGCAGCCACAGGGACCACUGCCUGGAUGUGCCUUGCCAACAUGGAGGACAGUGUGUGAACCUGUGGCAGAGCUACCACUGCCAGUGUCCAAGGCCCUACGAGGGGCACGACUGUGAGAAGGAGCACGUUACUGCACGCUUUGGGAACGAAGACUCUCACAGCUACGCUGCGUUCACAGUCGCCGAUGACAUGGGACACAACCUCUCCAUCUCCCUCUUCCUCCGCACUCGUAAGACCAGCGGCCUCCUCCUGGUUCUCGCCAACAGCAGCAGCCAGUACCUGCACAUGUGGCUGGAGGACGGCAAGGUCACGGUGCAGGUCAACAACUUUGAGAGCGUGAAGGCCGAGAGUGCGCUCGAUGACGGGGAGGUCCACUUUGUGAGUGUUGAGGUGGCGGAGGAUCACAUGACUCUGUACGUGUCAGCUCAGAAACAGGGCGACGUCGAUGUCAGGACAGUCACUGUCCACGCCGGAGACACUGUACAUGUGGGGGGUCUGGUGGACAGAAGGACAACUGCGGGGUUUGGUGGAUACUUUAAAGGCUGCAUCCAGGACCUGAGGAUGAAUGACAACAGGCUGCAGUUCUUUGGACUGGACACAUCAGUGAGAACUUAUCCACUCAAACUCAUAGGAAAUGUGACAGCUGGCUGCUCAGGGGACAACAUCUGUAGUAGAAACCCGUGUCUCCAUGGGGGGAUGUGCUACUCCGUGUGGGACGACUUCACCUGUAACUGCCCACCCAGCACAGCAGGGCGGCGCUGUGAGGAGGUCAGAUGGUGUGAGCUGUCUCCGUGCCCCACAGGCUCAGAGUGCAUGACGCUGAACCAAGGAUAUGAAUGCUAUGCCAACGCCACUUUCCUGAACAACAGCACUGUCCUCUCCUACCGUGGAAACGGACUGAUAUCCCGCAAUCUAACCAACAUCUCCCUGAACCUGCGCACGCGGAAGCACAAUGCAGCGAUUCUGCACGCGGAGAAGGCCUCGGCAUUCAUCACGCUCUCUGUCCAGGAUGGUUUCCUCUCCAUUGAGCUUCAGAGUUUCAGUUUGGAUGAUAGUGUGGCAGAGCGAACGCAGGCUGUGUCUACAGUCAGCCUCAGCAGCCGCAGGCGUGUCAGUGAUGGCGAGUGGCACAGUGUCCAGCUGUUCAUGGCGGCGCCCUGGAUGCACACGUCCCAGUGGACUCUGGUGCUGGAUGAAGAAAUAGAGGAAGCCAGCACUUCCAGGAGCCGUGGAGGCAACAUUGACUUCCUCAGAGAUGGCGUGGACAUUUUCCUGGGGGGCCUGGACCCUGAUGCUGGCUGGUCCCUGGCUGGAUGUCUGGGCACAGUAGAACUGGGUGGCAUUGCCCUGCCUUACUUCAGCUCCUCUGAUGUGAACCUGCCACGCCUGCAGGAGGAGCAGUUCAUCCGGACGUCGCCGCGUCCACCGCUCCUCGGCUGCAGCGGGGCCUCUGUGUGUGAGCCCAACCCCUGCCUGAACGGAGGGGACUGCCGGGACCACUUCAACACCUACAACUGCAGCUGUGCUGACGGCUGGACCAGCAGACACUGUGACGUCUUCGCCAACGUCUGCGCGUCCAGUCCCUGUGUCCAUGGCAACUGCAGCGUGAGUGGGGUGUCCUACAAGUGCACCUGUGAGUUUGGCUACACAGGUGUGGACUGUGAGAGAGAGGUGGACAGGUGUGAGAACCACCUUUGUGCUCAUGGAGGCACCUGUCUUCAUGGGCCGGACAGAUAUGCCUGUCUCUGCCCUGAGAACUACACUGGAACCUUCUGCAAUGAACGCAUUGAAGAAAUUCCAUGGUACAUUGCUGUCAGAAAAGUCAGACGUCCAAAGCUGCCUGUUUCCGUGUGCGGCGAUGACACCAGAAACUACACCUGCUUCAAUGGAGGGAACUGCACUGAACGAGAGCUGUCCUGUGACUGUCCAUCAGGCUUCACUGGACACCGGUGUGAGCAGGAGGUGGACGAGUGCAAGUCCAACCCGUGUCUGAACGGAGGCUACUGCCGCAACCUCAUCGACAAGUUUGUCUGCGUGUGUGAAAUGAGCUUCGCUGGAGACUUUUGCCAGAUGGACCUGACCUCUGAGAGUUUGACCUCUGACCUGUUGCUGUCCAUCAGUCUGGUGUCCGUCGUCCUGCUGCUGGUUUUGGUCCUGACUGCAGUCGGACUCGUGGUGGCGCUGAACCGCCGCGCCAAUCACGGCACCUACAGUCCCAGCCGACAGGAGAAGGAGGGGUCUCGGGUGGAGAUGUGGAGCAUCACCCAGCCACCGCCUAUGGAGAGACUCAUAUGAGACAUUAUUAGUAGGGAUUGUUUCUUUUUCUUCCAGUAUCACAUCCUUGAGUAUCAGUCUGACAUUUUUACAUAUUUUACACCACAAAGGUGUUAACAACACAUUUGUGCUGAUGCUUUUGCCACCUAUUCAUAAGCAGCCAUUUCAUAAAGAUAAUAUUCCAACUGCAUAACAACGAUUCGGCUCCUGUAAGGAAGAAUGAAGUUUUUAUGUGAAACAUAGGGGUUUUUGAUUUGUGCCAAAUUUCCUAUGUCCAAUCGGGUGAUGUUGACCCAUAUUGGACCAGGUAUGAUUAAGUACAGUAGAGGUUAAGAACUGGUACCAGAAACAUAGCAUUUUGAGAUCACAGCUUACUUUUCAUUUGCAAAGAACGGUGAUAAAAGUGCCUGCGUGGAGCUCUCGUUGCCAUUUGAGCGCCUGAAGUGUCCCAAAAUGAGUUCAGGAUGUGCUGAGUACAAUGAGUAUGUAAUAAAUGUGACUUGAGCACAGCAGCAGACACAGGAGUCCCAAGUGUCCAGCUGACGGUGACUCUGGAUUUAGGCUAAAAAAGACUGUAAACAUGGAGAGAGAGAUAAGAUCAGGGUUUCAGUGAUGCUUCGCUAGAGGUUCUCUUGUGGUUCAGUUCAGUACGGUACAUAUUAUUUUUUAAAAAUGGAAAAUAAAACAGCUGCUGGACGUCCUCCACUGUUGUCCGUUGUGUUGCGUUCAAUGUCGUUGUUCGUUGUUGUCGCCGUACUGUACCACACUGAACUGUCUGUGAUGGAAACAUGGCUUUAUAGGAAUCAGAUGUCAUGCGCUCAAGGUUUGCAUAUUGGACCUUUAACACGCAGACAUCACAGAUGUCACAUUAACAGCUGCAAGUUAGAAAGUGAGAUUUACAGUCGCUGUGCGAAUGGUCAAGCACUGACAACGCUCUAUAGUAUUGGCAACAGAGAGGUGGCGAGGUGUGGGGAUCAUUUUCUGUUCAGCGCCUCGUAAAGACCUGGUCCUGCUUCUGCUCCAUCCGUCUUCCACAGAGACAGAGUCUGUGGACGCACAUCCAUCUCACGCAAAGAUUUGAGUUCAGACUCCAUAUUCUUAGCAUUGAUGAAGCGCUCACAGAAACAUUUAAUCAAACAGUUUGAUGUAAGACAUAUGCACCAAGUCCUCCUCAUUUAAAUCCAGGAAAAAAGUGUCCUUCUAAUUCUUUGUGACGCAUCCUUUCUCUCUGUAGAUCCACACCGAGAGCACAUUAGCCAGAAUUCAGGAUUAGAUUAGACCUUGUCGAGAAUAUUUUCUUGCAAAUGUAUUAUUUAUCAUUUAUGUCCUGUACUGAUUAUUUUGUGUCUUUCUUUUUUAAACUGUGAAUUUUAUUUUGUGAAAUCUGUUGCUUAAUAAUAAUGAAUUUAUUUGUUCUAAUUUACUGAAUGUCGAUGAAGUUCCCAGGUUGUUUUUUGUACAUGUAUAUAUAUAUAUAUAUAUAUAUAUAUAUAUAUAUGUACAUACAUUUGUAUUUUGUAGAGACUUAAAAAUCACUCAGUUCUCCUGUAUGUCCAUCAGUUUAAGGCAACGUGAAUAUGUGAACCAUUCAUUUGUAAAUUUACAUUUUUAAAUACAUUAAACAGUGCUUAUAUUGUACUUAACCUGAUUAAUGUCAAAUUCCAAACUCAAGGCAAACGACAUAGAAUAAACAACUUGAGUUGUAGAGCAAGCCACAUGUCGUCAAUAAGAUUCUUUUUCUGUUUACUGGGUCUAUUUCAGAAUAAAUAAAAUGAAAAAAAAAGGUGAUUCCAGGGAUGCAAGAGACUGAAACAGUGUCAUUUAUUUUCAGUUCACAGUGAAUACAUUACGUGCAGUUGUACCAGUAGCACAUUCGAUUCCGGACCUCGGCUGUUUAAGACAGUUGUGAUGAAAAACAUGCGAAUGUUAAAUAAAUUGUGGUAAAAAUGACAGAACUGAAGCUAAAAAAAUAAGUAACAUUGAGUGAACUUUUGUCUGGUUUAGGUGAAGUGAUGUUACCGUUUUUGUAAAGUUAAACUGGUAUUUGACUUCAAGUUUUGUGUCAGAGCUGCUACAAAAGUGUUGACUAUCUCACACGUUUGUGGGCGUCGAAAAGCAAAUCCCCUGACAAUCAAUCAUCUUAGCUGUUGUACAACAUUAGUGUAAACAGGAGUAACCAUCACUACUGAAGCUUUUAAUAUCACACCGAGCCCAUGGACCAUGACCGGUUAGAUCAGUAACAAAAAUAAAAAUGUUCCCUCAACGGGACAGAUGAUAUUUAAGAUGUAGAUUUCCAUCAUGGUUUGAGAUGAUGAAGAGAAAUAAAGAUUAAUACCAGAACGAAACACAUAUGCGUUCAUACAUGCAUUUACAACAAGUUAGAACUGGACAGAGCAAAGAUCAGU